GCAGCCAACUUCACACUGCUCUUUGAAUGAUGAAUGAAAUGUGUGUGACCAAAUAAUCUUCGCGACAUCCCGGGAAAACUCAAAUUGAGUCUCUGAAUUUUGUUAAACAAUUAUGGGUUUAGUAACAAGUAAUUCAUAUUUUGUCUUCAGUAUGGGGACGUUUAUUGGUGCUGCUACAACAUAUUUUAUCACCAGAUUGAAGCAUAAGCCCAAAGAGGAAAUCUGGAUAAAUGGAAUGGAUGAUAAAUAUGAGUUCAAGGUUCCCACAGAUGAGUAUAGAUUAAUAAUUGGAGUACGAAAUGACCUGAAAAUGCAGAAAGGAAAAGUUGCUGCUCAGUGUGGUCAUGCUGCUGUAGCAGCUUAUGUGAAAUGUUUGAAACAAAAUCCAAAGGUGGUAAAAAACUGGAUGAGGUUUGGUGGAACCAAAAUUGCACUGAGAAUUGAUUCUGAAGAGGAAAUGAUGGCACUGGACAAAUGUGCUAAAGAGUUUGGUGUAUUGUCAAGUGUAAUUCGUGAUGCAGGUCAAACGCAAGUGGCUCCUGGUACUAGAACUGUUAUCGCAAUAGGGCCAGCUCCUAAAAGUGUUCUAGAAAAAAUAACAGGUCAUCUAAAGUUAUAUUAACUUUGUAGGAAGUAUUUCAAUAAAGCUCAGCAAAAAUUUUGAUGAAAGUGGUAAAUGAUUGAAACAUUUGGAAACUUCAGUUCUCAUGAUUUUGAAGACUUCCUACCUCAAAAAUGUAUUUUCUAGGAAAUUAAAGCUCAUUUUCUUCCUCA